AUGACAUCUCGUCGAGAAUUAUGCCUAGAGGAGAAAAUGAACUUAAUUAAAGAAAAAGAACUUGGUGCAUCUCAUCGACAACUCAGUGACAAAUUUCAGAUCUCUCUUGGUGCAGUCUCCAAUAUAUGGAAACGAAAAUGCGAAUACACAAACGAUUAUGAAACGAAUAGAAAUAAAAAAGUAAAACGAAAAUUGAAAAAUGAUUCAAGUCAAGAAAUUAAUGAAAAUGUUUACGAAUGGUUUGUUCCUCAAAGAGCUAAAAACAUCUCAAUUGGUGGUCCUGUUCUUCAAGAAUACGCCAGAAAAGUUGGUGAAGAAUUAGACCCUUCAAAUAAUUUUAAAGCAAGCAAUGGAUGGCUAGCUCGAUUUCGUACUCGUUAUAAUAUCCAGUUUAGGGUUAUUUGCGGUGAAAGUCGGUCAGUUGAUCAAAACACGGUCGAUUAUUGGAAAACUCGUUUGACAAACAUUAUUGAACAUUAUGAUCCUGAUGAUAUCUUUAACUGUGACGAAACCGGCCUAUUCUACACGCUAAUGCCGGAUCGAUCAAUGACGGUGGACAGAAAUGAUUGUAAAUGGGGGAAAAGAUCUAAAGAUCGAUACACCGAUCUAUAUUGGAGUAUUUCAAAUGUUUACCUAUGGAAUCUCCUGUUAAAUCCUAGGAUAUAA